AUGGAACGCAGAGGCUCCACGCAGCCUUCCACCCCCUCGUCAUCGUCGCACAGACACUCGAGAUCUCUUGGGACGCUAAACGGCCUCAAUGGACUGAACCUGAACGGUGGCGGCAUCGGUCUGGACCGGCAGCAGACAGGCGGUGGACUGGCAGGAGGCGGCGGGAUGGGGAGUGUGCCAAUGAGUCCCGCGGCAAGUAGAGGAAAGUCUGCUCUCUCGCCGAGCAUGUUGAGUGCACCGAUGAGUCCGGCGGGCAGUUUGGGAUUUGGACGCGAGGGGGAAUGGAGCGACAUUCAAGCAAGAACCUUCUGCAGGUGGCUCAACACCAAGCUGGAAGCUGCGGAUCUGGAGCCAAUGACGGAUCUCGUCAAGGACUUCUCGAACGGUGUGAAACUCAUCCAGGAAGUGAUGUCCGACCAGAGCUUGGGGAAAUAUAACAAGAAGCCAAUGAUGCGGGUUCAGAAGGCUGAGAACGCUGCAAAGGCCUUGCAGUUCAUCCGAGAUAGCGGUGUCAAGCUCACCAACAUCGGCCCAGAGGACAUCGUGGAUGGGAAUCUAAAGCUCAUACUCGGCAUGAUCUGGACACUUAUUCUACGCUUCACUAUCGCUGGUAUCACUGAAGAGGGACUUUCCGCCAAGGAUGGCCUCCUGCUUUGGUGUCAGCGCAAGACCCAACCUUACCGAGAAGUAGACGUCCAGAAUUUUAAAAGCAGCUUUGCAGACGGUCUCGCCUUAUGUGCUCUGAUUCACCGCCAUCGGCCAGAGCUGCUCGACUAUGACAAACUGGACAAGUCGGAUAGAAGAGGGAAUACCGAGCUCGCCCUGCGGGUCGCCGAGAAGGAACUUGGCAUACCACCACUCCUCGAAGUCAAGGACUUCUGCGACGUUCAAGUACCAGACGAGCGCAGUGUCAUGACCUACGUCGCUGAAUUCUUCCAUCGCUUCUCACAAGAAGAUAAGAUGGAAACGGGCGCCCGCCGAGUGCAGAAAUUCGUCGAUCUCAUCUCCUCUAUCCUCACUUGGCAAACCGACUUUGAGCGGCGGCUCGCCCUUCUCCUCUCUGCCGUCUCCUCGACCCAGCGCUCAUGGGCUGCAGCUCAGCCACAGCCGGACUACAAAUCGGCCAUUUCCUCCUUGUCCGAAUUUGCCGAAUACAAGAAGACGUCGAAGCGACAAUGGGGGAGAGAGAAGCAGGAGCUGGGCGCGCUGUAUUCGAAUAUACAGACCAAGCUGAGGACGUAUGGGCUGAACAGCUGGGAACCGGCGCAGGGGAUGAGGUUGGGAGAUCUGGAACGGGAGUGGGCGGGCUUCUUGGUCGACGAGGGGAAGCGGAGUCGCGCAAUCAACGCCAGGAUAAGAGAGAUCAAGGAGGAACUGCGGAAACAGUUCGCCCAGAAGGCAGACGACUUUAUGGGCAAGCUACGUCAGAUUGAGCUGGGCAUCGGAAGCCUGUCCGGAGCAUUAGCGGCGAGUCGUCCCCUGCAGAUUGACCGUCCAUUGGGCUCAGCUGAUUUCGUCCAGGACCAAAAGACGACUCUGCUCAAGCUCGCUCAAAUCCCGGCGAUACUACGAAAGACCCUCCAAGCGGACAUCUUGGCCGUACAUGACCGGUGUCAAGAGGCCAAAAUUGAGGAGAACGACUAUACCGUCUUGACGUAUGAUGAUCUCGAGUACGAGCUGGAGUCGGCGGAGCGAGGCAUUCGAGCCAAGAUUGCGUUUGUAGAGAAUCAGAUGAUCUCUGCUCAACACACGAAUCUGACACCCGCCAAGUUGGAGGAGUUUGAGGCGACCUUCAAGCACUUUGACAAGGAUGACACGAAUACACUCAUGGUCUGGGAAAUGCAUUCUGCACUCGCUAGUCUGGGAAUUGUAUAUGCCGACGAAGAGCUGCAGGCAAUCUACGCAGACCUGGAGCGAGAAUAUGGAGCUGUCACCUAUGAAGCUUGGCUGGCAUUACUGGUGGACAUCACAAAAGACGACUCUUCCUCGUCUGAGCAGCUUCGCGAGGCUUUCAGAAGUAUGGCUGGCGAUAAGCCGUACGUGACCGAGCUCGACUUUCAACAGGCACAUUUGCCCCGAGAGACGAUACGCUUCUUGUGCGACAAUAUGCCAAAGACUGAGGAUCCCAUUGGGCUGGAUUACCACACUUUCCUCGAAACAACGCUUGGGCGGGAUUAG